AUGCUUGGCUAUUGUCGUCUCAUUUGCGAUGUAGCAGAGAACAAUGCUACUCGGCAUCAGACCCCUCUUUCACAGUUCAUCGACAAAUAUCCUGAGCCCGAGACGCAGCAUCGACCGUGCUAUCUCACACUCUCUAUCUGUCUCACCCUCGACUUCAUUUCCAGCGUUGAUUGGAGUGCCACCACGAUCCCCCCCACUUUUUCGCCCUCUGGCGCUUUCCAGUCACUCAACAACCUCCACCUCAAAUUCCCUUCGCAUUCGUCCCAACAAGACGACCUCACCAUCACCAUCUCCGCGCACGAGAUCUCAUUCUUGGACGGCGCGAAUUCCGUUUCUGCUGGGAAUUCCUUCUCCAUAAAUAGCGUACAUCGUACCGUCACUGUCAACUACAUCAACAACAUUGGCGACGCGUUCUUGGCUCCUAUCCACGGCGGUAAUAAUGGCGGGAGGAAUAACACCAACACCAGUUCGUAUUCAACCACUCACAUCCACGCAUUUCCUAUGUUUCUCCCAUCUAAUCAAAACUGUAGUUCAUAUGAGUCCCCCAAGCAACUCACUCCUGCAAACGGAGCACUCCCGAGCUCAAGCUCUGCUACUGGCUCGGGCUCGGGCUCGCCGACGGGCUAA